AUGGCCCAUCGACCUACGAUGAAAGCCUGGCUCUACGACAGCACAUCUCCCUCCGUCGUCCAAAACCUCACCUUCAACGCCUCCGCCCGCUCCCCACCGUCCCCCUCACGACCCUCCCAGCUCCUCAUAAAAGUGCUCUCCACGGCCCUGAACCCAGCAGACUGCAAAGUCCCCGAACAAUCCACCAUCCUCGGCUACACCCUCAUCUGCAAAUUACCCGCCUCCCCGGGCCUCGACUUCGCCGGCGAAGUCGUCGCCACACACCCUUCGCACAAUGGCGAGUUCAAAACCGGUCAGCGCGUUUACGGCUGUCUCGCGCGCCCAAGAGAAUUCGGUACAACAGGGGAAUAUAUCCUCGUUAAUCAAAACGAUCUAGCGCCCUUGCCAAAAGAAGGGGUGAGCGUCGACAACGCAGCCUGUCUGGGAGUCGCCGUGCGCACAGCGUACCAGUCUGUAAAGCCGUACCUAACGAAACCGGAGAUGAAAGUCUUUAUAAACGGGGGCUCGGGCGGGUGCGGGGUCUUCGCGAUCCAGUUCGCGAAGAUGCUAGGCGCGCAUGUUACGGUUACCUGUUCGACGAAGAAUAUCGGGCUCGUGGAAUCUCUCGGUGCUGACCAGGUUAUUGAUUACACGGCUGUGGAUGUUACGGAGGCACUCAAGGGGAUGGGGUUGGUAUUUGACCUUGUUCUCGACCAUAUUGGGAUUCCCAUGGAUUUGUAUGCGCAGGCGCAUCAUUUCCUGAAGGGGAGUGGGACGUGGGUGCAGGUUGGGGCGGGUAGUAUGAUGACUGCUGUGUGGAGGCUUAUUACGCCGCGGUUCCUGGGAGGAGGGAGGAGGUGGUUUGUUCCACUGGCGAUGAAGAACUCGAAGGAGGAUCUUGUGGAGCUUGGGCAGCUGCUGGCGCAGAAGAAGUUCCGCGUUGUGGUUGAUGAGGUGUUUGGGUUUGAGAAUGUGCCUGAGGCGUAUAAGAAGUUGGGGACUGGGAGGGCGAGGGGGAAGAUCGUUGUGAGGGUUGCGGAGAGCGAUUGA